AUGACGACAUCAUCCAUAGUGCGAGAGAGGCCUUGGAGAUUGGACAGGAAGGCUGUCUUGAUCCAUGCCCCGGAUCUCGACAAUGUUGGCUGUCUAGCUCAUGUGAAUGUAAGCUAUGACCAGACGCAGGGGGAAGGAUACAUUACCAUCAAAAUCCAUCUCAAACUCGCCGGGAUCACUGACGACUAUCGAACAAUCCAUUUGAACAUACUCCCUAGAGCGAUUACGACAUGUUCGGUGAUUCCAUCUAGCUUCAAGAACAUGCUACCGAACAAGCUAUUGGCUAAGCUCCAGGGAGUGAAAGAAGUAUCUGCUGUCACCACGUUAUCACUACAGCUCAAGGAGCCCAGCGUUGUUCUCGUGCCACCCGGACUAACGUAUCCCAUCAGCCCUGCCGAAUCGGGUGAUGGCGACUUCUAUGCCAUCUCGCGGAUCAGCCAGGCAACAAGCAUUCGUCUUCAUUAUUGCAAACAGGACUUUCCAAAGAGCGACCAGCUUCGACUCCGAACAUUUGCCUGCGCGUUAACCAACAAUGCGUUAAAACCCCCAUGUAUAAACUACACCCACUUCAAUGGAGGGUUGGGCGCACAGGAGAGAAACUGGACUGUAUUCGGCCAGUUGCCCCCACUACCCACCUACAAUCAAGUCGUCUUGCCUGAGGCCGCUCUUCGAAAGCGUUCACGAGGUGAGGUCUGCUCUUCCUUCGAAGUCGAUAUGCCGACUGAGGUAGAUGACCCUGAUGGUGCUAGCAGUCAUCCGGUAAUCAAAACGCCUCCCAAGGUGAGACAAUCUACCCAAGACGUGGCCCACUUCGGGAGCGACGUUUACGACACCCAAACAACGUCAACUAUGUGCUCACCGGCUAUGUCCGCCAAGAGUCGUCACUCCUGGGAAAUGUCGCCCUCGAACAUUGUACCGACGGUCUUUCGCAGAGGGCGCUGCGAACCCGAACCCAUCGCCGAACCUCCCCGAUACCAGAAAAAACGACCAAAACUCGACUUAUCUCUGAAGGACAUGCCUAGCAAAGACGGCAAUGCUCCGGUUGAUGGAAACACCGUUCGUGAGAUCAUACAAGAUGUUGUAGAUAAAGAGAAGCAGGCAAUCCUGGACGAACAUCAAGAGAUGUGUGAUGAGGCUGAGAUUCGGGUUGCGGAAGCAAUCGAUGAUGGUAGACUGACGAUCAUCGGCAAGACAGAUGAGUGCUGUGAUGAGAUCGACGAACAUGGCCAGAAGGUUCAAGAAGCCUAUCCAGGUUUCGCAAACGUCUUUAUAGCGGUCAAUCAUGAGCUACGAAAAGAAUUGGUUGCCGCCUGGACCAAGCGCAGGACAGGAAUUUAG